GUGAAAAUGACCGGAAGUAGCUAGCUAGCUAAUAUUCGCGGAAGUCCGAAGUGAGUUUUAUUGCGAAAUAACGUAGCUGUUUUAGUAUCAUCCUCGGUCUUUGCGUGAAAAUCUUUAUGUUUAGCUUCGGGCUUUGUGAAAAUGCCACUUCUCGUUCAGAAUAAACGAAUCGGCCGCCUAACUUCAACAACCGAAUUAUUUUCAAAAUAUUCUCAUUUAAAGGAAAACGCAAAGGUGUUUAGCUCCAAAUCUCUUGUGACCGUCGAGCCAAAGUGCCUCCUCUAUGUGCAACAACGAGAAUUUGCUGCCACCACACCCGCAGACCAUUCCGUCUCUGUCAUUGGCUCUGGAGAUGCAACCACAUGCCACUUGGUAGUACUGCGGCACACAGGGAGUGGGGCGACUUGUUUGGCUCACUGUGAUGGGUCAAGUACUUGGACAGAAGUUCCUCUCUUAGUCAAUGCUGUCACAUCGUUAAGUCACCAUGCAAAAGAGGGCAGGUUAGAGCUUCAUCUUGUUGGGGGUUUUGUUGAUGAUGCCUACACAUCUCACAAACUCAGCCUUAAUAUAUUGGCGGCCUUUCAGAAACAGAAGGAAGAAAUUCACUUAGAGACAUGCUGUAUUACUGAUAUGAAUGACAUUGUCACAGAUGGGAUUCACAGACCAGUUGUGUAUGGGAUAGGAGUGAAUAUUAAAACGGGUGAGGUGUUCCCCGCAUCGUUUCCAUACAGAGGGCCUGCAGAGGAUGUGCGGUCUGCACGUACCUUUACUGGUGGGCAGAUGACAGAAGUCUAUGACUCCAGUAAAGAACAGGUGAGGGUCAGCCCAUGCAGGUGGGCACCCAACAGGGACAUUGCCUUCUGGUUGGCUGCAGAUGAUGACACCAUCUUACAGUACCUGUCCACCUCUCCUUAUGCUGAGCCGCCUCACUUUGUCAAUCAAAUCAAGUCCACCAUCCGGUUCCUCCUGGACCACCCAAAUGCAGACAUGCUGUUCCCUGGAGGCCAGCCCCUACUCUUCCACCGGACAGAGCAAGGAGAGUGGGAGAGAGUCUCCCUUCCGUAGUCCACCUGCUGGACAGCUGCAGCCCACACCCUGCCUUUAACCCUGAACAUCACUGUGACCCAGGCAAAGGCCUUUGAAAGAAUCCUCUGCUCUUAGUAGAAGUGGCUCUUUUACACUGAUCUGAGACCAAUUUUUUGCGCUUCGUUGUGAAAUACUGAGGAAGAAUUGAGGGCUUUGGUAGAAGUGUUGGAUCUAGCUAUAUAUAAGAGAGACAUUUCUUUUGGAGUGGAAAUAUAUUAUGUCAAUUAUGAAUGUCUAUAUUGUACAGACUGUAUAGGUUGGUGAAGAAAAAGGCUGGUCCUCCAUUCUGUAAUUUUGGAUUUUUUUUAUGUGUUGUACUGAUUGUUACUUUUUAUGUAUGUAUGUAUAAUUUCAGUGGUUAUAUAAUGUUUUGAAGUAAAUUCAUGAGCCUUAGCAGUGUAUCAUAAAUAUGGCAUGGUCUAUUUGUGUAAAGAGUAUUCUUUCUGCGUUGUAUUAGAAAUAAAUCCUGAAGUCCAUUAUACGUUGGAGACUGUAAUUUUAGUUUCAGGUGAAGUACAGUAAUGGCAUUUAUUUUAAGGUACAAUUUAUAUGGAAUCUCCUCUCCACCUUUGAAGUGCAAAUUUUGCCUGUUCUACAUGGUGAUGUCAUUCAAGAUUUCAACUGCAAAGUCAAGGACCAGCAUGAGAAAAAAAGACUGGUACAAGUGUACCAGCAGGGGUUGGGCAAGAUUAUGAGGUUGUAUGUUGCAAUUCAGAGUAAUUCCGACCCUUUAGGACCAGGAGGAAAAAUAAGACGGCAGCCUAAAUGUUUCCGUGCUUGCCACAGCGGAAGGUAAGGGAAAACCAUUUUAGACACUGAGGGUGAUGUAACCCAUCCAGGGAACCUCAGCAAAGUGAGUGCAGUUAUCCCUUUUUCCAUGGAAUUUUACAUGCACGACAUAAAAGUUUAGUUUGGAGUAGGAAUGCUGUGGUGUGAUGUGUCAGGAUAAUUUUCAGAUAAUACGGAGGCUCUCCUGCACUGCGCAAUUUGUUCCGUCUGCCUGCGAUCACAGUGAAGGUUUGGGGAAUUCUCGGGGGGUUUUAGGCGGAGCAAAGGCUUGAACUGGGUUAAAACAAGUUGGAACAGGACAGAAGAACGCAGACAGGGGGAGAAGAAAGAAUUCUCUAGAUCAUGUCGUUUUUCAGUAUACGUAGACAUUGCCCUCCAGAGGACAGUUCACCAGGAUUUGAAAAAAUGCAGGCAGUAAAAGACAAGCUGAGACAUAGACUCGAGAGUCUGAAUGCCAUCCGGCCUAAUUUUCUAAAAAGAAAGAAUGAUCCCAGAGCUGUGAAGAACUCUGAUACUCUCAACUCUAGCUGGGAAAUGUCCUAAUCAUCAUCUCUAAAAGGCUCAGACACAGAAGGUCAUUUCACUGGUUGGAAAAACAGAUGUUCUUGAAAUGUAUGGAAAAAGCAAAAAUACAAAGUACCUUCUGACAGGAUUAUUUGUCUGAAUAGGUUCUGUUAAAUAAGGACUUUGUUUAAAUAAUUUUGUACCCCAGUAUACUACAAAAGCUAUUUCACAAAUCCACAGUUUGAAAAGGUGAUGUGGCCAGUUAUGUAAACAUUUAUAAAGUGCACUGCAACGAAAAGAUACAUGUAGCUAAUGAUGUAGCCAGUGAGCUGUUUCCAGUACAUAUGAAGUCAAUUUUGUUUUUGAAAAUAGUUUACCCACAGUGUGCUGUGGUCCACAAGAGAACAAUUGGCCAUGCGUUUACUGGGUGGAGAGGAUUAUCUGGUCUCUUUUUUACUGCUGCAUUAGAGACACUCAGGUUACUAUGAUUCAUUAAGAUACUGGUGGAGAAGAUAUCAAGGAUUAUGCUACCUUUGGUGUCACAUGAUUGAGUGGAAAAUGAUCCAUAAGCUGUGUUUAUACACUCCCUUUGACUAUAGUUGGCUCUCAUGUCAACAUCUCAAUUGUAAAGUACUUCAAUACCUAUUGUGGCUUUGAACUACUUAGAUUUUCAGGCCAUUUACAUAAAAGCAGAAUCUAAAGUCAGCCAUUGUAUUAUUUAAUUUCACACAACCCUCCUACUUUUAUGCUUGUAUAAACAAACUGAAUCUUUUUCUCUUUUUUGUUUUGCUUGUUGUCUUUUUUAAUAAGAUGUCCAACACAGGACUUCUAACAUACAAGAUUUUUAUGGUUCCACCAUUCCUGUCCUCAGAUUUUUUUCCUAUAAACUUUGUUGUACACCAGCCAUGCUGUAUUGUAUACUGCCAAUGCAGUGCAGUCACAACAGCACUAAAUAAUCCCUUUCAUUACAAAUAUUCUUGAGUAAGUGUACUGGUCGUGAUAUCAGUUCAGAAAAUGAAUUAUCAAUCAAAAUAAAAUAAUAUUCAUCCCUA